CAAACACAGUUUUCGUCCUCAUUCAAGUCUUCUUAUACUAUAAAACAACCCUUACUUUCCUUCAAACACCCCCACCUCUCCCCCACUACUCUUCCAUCUUCAUACAAAUUUUUAAACAUGAACUUGUAAUAAUUCCCAUAAAUCAACCGUUUCAAACAACCCCCCCUUGUUGAAAAAACUGAACAAUUGGGAUAUGGAAAAACUCAAUUUUGUCAAGAAUGGUGUUCUGAGAUUACCCCCUGGGUUCAGAUUUCAUCCAACCGAUGAAGAAUUGGUUGUACAAUAUUUAAAGCGGAAAGUACAAGCUUUCCCUUUGCCUGCAUCUAUUAUCCCUGAAGUUGAUGUUUGCAAGUCUGAUCCGUGGGAGUUACCGGGUGAUUGUGGGCAAGAAAGGUUCUUUUUUAGCACAAAAGAAGUGAAAUACCCGAAUGGGAACCGAUCGAAUCGGGCUACUGUAUCCGGGUAUUGGAAAGCAACCGGGUUAGAUAAACAAAUUGUGACUUCAAAGAACAAUCAAGUUGUGGGUAUGAAGAAAACGCUCGUGUUUUAUAGAGGAAAACCCCCAAACGGCUCGCGAACUGAUUGGAUCAUGCACGAGUACCGACUCGCAACCCCACAACUCAACAACCCCGCCCAGGGUAUGGAAAAAUGGGUGAUUUGCAGAAUUUUCUUAAAGAAAAGAGGAAGUAAUGCUAACAAGAUCGACGACGAGAAAGAAAGAGAGACAAUUGGGAUUGUUAGCGAUUGUAAACCGGUAAAAUCAAAGCCAAUUUUCUACGAUUUCAUGGCGGCAAGCAAGAAAAGAAGAACGGAUCUGAAUUUGAUGCCGGUUUCAUCAUCUUCGGGCUCGAGUGGGAUCACAGAUGAUGGUUCUUGUGAGGAACAUGAGGAGGAUAGCAGUAAUGUGGAUGAUGUUUCAAAUUUAAGGAAAAAACAGUAGUUAUAAAUUAAUAAUCUUUUUUCUUAAUUAAAUAUUAUUAUUCUCUAUUUAGUUAUCUUAUUUUAAUCUCAUUGGUAAUCAAUCAUCUCUAAUGCAA